AUGAACGCGCCAGACAGAUUCGAGCUCUUCCUGCUAGACGAAGGUCAGCAAAAGGUUGAGGAGAAAGCAGAGACCCGCGUCCCGAACACCGCCGUCUUCACCUUCAACAAAGAAGACCACACCCUCGGCAACCUCCUCUCGCAGCGUCUCCUCAAGAACCCCGCCGUCAUGUUCGCCGCGUACAAAGUCCCCCACCCACUCUUCGCUACCUUUGAACUCCGCGUCCAGACCGAUGGCACCAUCACACCCAAGGAAGCUGUUAUGGCUACUUGCAAACUGGUUAUUCAGGACUUGUCCAAGUUGAACGAAAGCUUUCAGACUGAGUGGCUGGGCAAGAGGAUUGUGUCCGAGGGUGAGGCGGAGAGGCAGCAGAGAGAGCAGAAUAACUUCUAG